ACAAAGGGUCCCGCAUGCGCGUCGUCGAAGAAUCCAGUAAAUAGAACCCAGGAGCACGAGCAGUGUCUGUGCUGACGUCACGGCCGUACGUUGAGAGCUGGAGCGGAGUUGUAAGCGCGAGCUCAGACGGAGGCGCGCGGAGGGAACAGCUACAGCUAUGGUGCUCUGUUCUUCUUCGUGAGGACGAAAUCAGCCAAUUUUAUUCUCGUUGACGUCUUUUUCUCCGUCUUCUCCGCGACGUAAACAAGCCGUCGGACAUUUUGAAAUCGCUACGGGGAUACAAUAUGUCUUCCACGGCGGUCGCUGCCUCCAGAAGGCAGUCCUGCUAUUUAUGCGAUCUGCCCCGCAUGCCGUGGGCGAUGAUCUGGGAUUUUACCGAACCCGUCUGCCGUGGUUGUGUGAACUACGAAGGUGCCGACCGGAUUGAAUUCGUUAUCGAGACUGCCAGGCAGCUAAAGAGAGCACACGGCUUUCAGGAGGGCCGCUCUCCCGGCCCGGGGAAGCCCCAGCACGCCGGGAAAGAGAUCAAUCACUCGGUUGGGGACCUGGGCUCUCGUCCCCCUCAACCUCUGGAUCGUUAUCCGCUGUCAGACAGGCCGCCGCGGCUGGGCCCGGAGUACCAGGCGGGCAGGCAGGCGAACGGCCUCCCGAUGCCCAACGGAUUUCCCAAACCCGACGAGCCCCCUGAGCUAAACCGCCAAAGCCCCAACCCCCGCAGGACUAGCACGGUUCCUCCUAACUUGGUGCCUUUGGUAAACGGCGCGAUACCUGCCAUACAUCCACUCAGCGGCCGCCCGACACAGAUCUGUCUGCCCGGCGCUCUGAUCGCGCCUGUCCCCGGGGAGCACGGCAAGCGCCCAGAGGAGCUGAAAGACAAGCACCGGGCGGACAGCAUGUCGGACAUGUCGGACAGCCACAAGGACUGGAUAAACAAAGGCAAAACUGUCAGGGACCUGAUGCUGCACACGUUCGACGGCAGGGUAAAGAAGGACCACACCGCCAUGCAGCGGGUCAUGGCGUACGAAAUGAGUGGCACUUCCUCAAAAACAGACAGAGGGAAGCACCCUCGGCCUGGGAAGAGGAAGGCCUCCCCUGAGCCAGACUGUGAGAGCAGUGUCCCCAAGAUGAACGGCAGUGAGGGCCAGCCAUGGCUCCCCUCACCCUCUGAAGUCCUGAAGAUGCCCCCAGCUGCCCUGCCAGGCUUCUCUGCAGCGCCUCCAUCAACCAUCUCCCCCCACUCCCGCACCACACCACCUGAGGCUGCCACAGCGCAGAAUGGCCAGUCUCCCAUGACUGCACUCAUCCUCGCCACCGAUAACGCAGGCAGCACGGGCUCACCUAAGGACGGCAGCCAGGUACAUUCCACCGUGGCGGGGGCACGACGGAACAGCGGGAGCCCCCUGUCACCCUCACAGAGGAGGUUGGCCCAGAGAGAGGGGCCUGUGAGUGCCAACCCCUCUGCUCCGCAUGGUCCCGGCAGUAUGGAGCCACCGCCACAGAGCAUUCCGGAUUCCUCUGUGCCGCCGGGCAGCGUGCCGCUGUGCUGCACUCUGUGCCAUGAGCGGCUAGAGGACACUCAUUUUGUCCAGUGCCCUUCAGUGCCCUCUCACAAGUUCUGUUUCCCCUGCUCCCGGGAGAGCAUCAAGCAGCAGGGGGCCACCGGCGAGGUGUACUGUCCCAGUGGUGAAAGGUGCCCGCUGGUUGGCUCCAAUGUACCCUGGGCCUUCAUGCAGGGGGAAAUAACCACCAUAUUGGCCGGAGAUAUAAAGGUAAAAAAGGAGCGGGACCCUUAAAAAGUUCUCCGACUGCUUCUCGUGAACUUGUUUCCCUCUUGUAACCCAAGUAUGGCAACAACAGCAGGACAUAAAGUAACAGACACAGCUCACCCAGCAAGCCUCAGAGGAGCUGGCAGACAUGUACAUAGUGAACACAGGGGAGUGUAUACUUCAUAAAUGUGGCUGUAAAAUUUGACUUCUUUCUUUAAUACAUUGUGUUUCUUACUGUGUUUCCAGUAAGACUUUUCCUUUUUCCCACCACAGCUGUUUCUUCUCAGUCUGUCGUUGUACUUUAGGUCUGCAGACAGUCCCUGUCGAGCAUAGAAUGUGACUAAUUUGAGCACUUGGCAAAAUCCUUUAAUAAAUGAAACAAAAAAUGCUUCUAGCUGUACAUGUAUGCACUUGCCAAAUACAGUUUCAGACCUUGUAAUAAUA